UCAUUUUAGUUUUAAACUCUCUCUCUCUCUCUCUCUCUCUAUCACUCUAUCUCUCUCUCUGUUGCGUAUGGAGAAGAGCUGUUUUGUGUGAAAAGUCAGCGACUCUCUCUCCUUCUCCCCUCGGCCCUCUCUCUCUCUCUCUCUUCAAAACCCUUCUCUCUUUGUUUUUGAGAAGAACAAUCAAUUUCAACCUUCAAAAAACUUGUUCCUUUGCUUUCCUGCUUCCUAAUAACCAAAACCCAUCUUUCCAGAACAACUAUUUUUCUUGCAUGUUUUUUACGUCUGUUGGGUGCAAAAAGGAGGAGAAAAAUCGAUCCCUGACAAACCCUCCAAAUGAAACUCUUCCUCUCCUACGCGCUCUUGCCUUUGCAUUAGCAGCAUGUGCAGCUUGUUUAUGCCAAGGAUGGACAAUUACCAAGGUGAUUUAACCGACAUAGUCCGAGCUAGCGGCGGCGCUGGCGCCCCGGGCGCUUCCGAACCCAUUCCCGACUGGCAGUUCCCUGCCGAUCCCAUGAAUUUCUCGCCGGCGCCACUCGAAGACCCCAGAGAUAAUUUCGGGGAUCCAUUCGGGUACAUCCGAGAUCCGCUUCUCCACGAGUUCGAUGUAUCGGGUUCCGGGUUCUUCAGCAGCCCCAGCUCCGCCGAAAUGAUGGGAAAUAGUAGAGUGGAGGACAAGGUUGUUCUUGCUCAAAAGAAUUAUCUCGACCAUGAGAUGAAAAGGCCUUGCAAUAUAUUUUCUCGGAUGCUUCAGAUCUCUCCCAACACAAAGUUGCCCGUCUCCCCAUGUGACUCGCCGGCGAUGGCUGCCGCCUCCGCCUCUUCUUCACCGAGGGGAAUUAAGGUUUCCGCUAUGCUUCCAAACGACAUGAUUAAUGACAACUCCGGAGUGCAGAUCUCGUCCCCGAGAAAUCCGGGUAUUAAGCGAAGGAAGAGCCAGGCAAAGAAGGUGGUGUGUAUUCCAGCGCCGGCAGCUGCGAACAGCAGGCCAACCGGAGAAGUAGUGCCGUCUGAUCUGUGGGCAUGGAGAAAGUACGGACAGAAACCCAUUAAAGGGUCUCCGUAUCCAAGGGGGUACUAUAGAUGCAGCAGUUCAAAAGGAUGCUCGGCAAGGAAACAAGUGGAGAGGUGCCGGGCUGAUCCGAACUUGUUGGUAAUAACAUACACAUCUGAACACAACCAUCCAUGGCCGACUCAGAGAAAUGCUCUUGCCGGCUCGACCCGUUCCCAGCCAUCGAAGAACAACACUGCGGCUUCAAAGAGCAACCCCCAGAAGCCAACAAGCCCAAAGGAAGAACAAAAGGAGAGCAGCAAUGAAGGCAAUGUGUCGCCGAGUACUGCUCCUGCUGCAGGCGGCUCAACAACAAGUAGUAGUGCAUGUGUUAAGGAAGAGAUUGAGGACAUUGAGAAGCAGCUGGAGAUGGAUGAUGCAGAAUUCAGUGCUUCUGAAGGGUUUCCUUAUCGGCCAGCAAUGCCAGGAUCAAACCAGUCUGAUCAGGACUUCUUUGCCGAUUUAGGAGAAAUUGAAGCUGACCCUUUAGAUCUCUUGUUCACACAAGGGUUUUCGGUUUCAGGGGAUCAUGAUCAUACGCAGAAAGACAACAAGCCAAUGGAUCCAUUCAGUCUCUUUGAUUGGUCAGGUGAAAGCAACUCAUUUGGAGAAACUAAUAAGAGGGGUUUAUAACAAGCAACCAAGCAACCAAGCAAGCAAUUUCCCCCCAUAGUAAUAUGCUACUUUUCAAUACCUUCUUCUGUUUGAAUAUUUCUUCACGUCGAGGAGAUUUUUUUACUUUUCUACCUUUUUUUU